AUUUAUUUAAGGAACAUCAGUGAACUGGAAGUUUAUGAUACAGGGAUAUUAAGCUCUGCACAAGCUUCGACAUCUGUAUUGACAGAUGACAUGUUUGCUGAUGCUGUAAAUAAUCAUUUACAGUCACAGUUCUUUAGCUUGGAGGUAGCAUGUUUUGUGUUGGUGUUUGAUGGAGCUGGUACAGCAGAGCUAGAAAGCGAAACAAGUGGAAGUCUAAUCCCUUUUGACGUAUGGACAAAUUACAUUUCAAUGACGAGAGGAAAAGAGGUCACAUUCACCGUUUUUCUCAAUGUACCUUUUGGCUGUCCGGCAGGUUCACAGGAUUGCUUUCUUCGAUUCGUAGUGUACGAUCCGUACGAUUCGUACAGGUGCUAUGACUCAUCCAUAGCAGUUAUCCACAGCGAUACUUGUGGUGGGAAACUAGAUGGUGCUAUGCAAGGGACAAUAGGACACGUAACUUCCAAAAGUACAAUUACGAACAUCACUAUAACUACAAAGAAUAACCGUUGGUAUCGACUUCGUCGGUAUUUUCGCCUUGUUCUUAAGCUUGCAGCUGUGGGAAAUUCUAAGCCAUUCUGGAAUACCCCGUCAGCAAGCAUUACAGUAAGAGUGUAUGAGAACUACUACACGAGAUACAGGGGCUGCUAUUCGUUUGUUGACCCGUAUAUAUACACUUUUGACCGAAGAUGGUAUUCAAAUCAGCUGUUAGAAGAGUUUGUAUUGCUUCGUCAUAAAACGCUUCCGAUUGAGGUUCAGACAGUUACCGCCCCUUGUAAUCGCUGGGCCACGUGCUCCUGUGCUGUUACCGUACGUGCUGGUGGGGAUGUAUUUUCCAUCAACCACUGUUACGGGCAUCUCACGAGCUACUUGUCAGCAAAGGAUGGGAUACUGAAAGUUUAUAAAUUAUGGUCCACAUGGUAUCAGAUAAUCCUUCCGACGGGAAUGCAUGUAUAUGUGUAUAUAAUGUCCUACUUUAAUUACAUGAUGAACGUUUACGUGGCACCGACACCAUCAGAUUUCGAACAAAUGGAAGGUCUUUGUGGAAAUUUCAACGGCGACUUUAGAGAUGACACUGUUCUUCGCGGUUCAACCUAUUCUGAUCCUGUCGAAACAUAUUAUGGCUAUUGGUGGUGGUGGAGCCGUUACUUUUAUCCUCAUGCCUUUGCAUAUUCAUGGGGUUUAUGGUUGACGGGAAGAUCAGACGAAAGUCUGAUAAAUCCUGAUGUUUACGAAAACGUAGAAGUAUGGGACAGCAAUAAGAAGCUUUGCGUCUGUCCGGAUGCAAACAGCGGCACUAGCUACGACGCUUUGUGCUCGGCAGAUGAAGAAGCGACGUGUACGCGUCCAAUUUGGCGAUGGGGUACUUUGGUCGAAGCAACGUCACGACAGGCGCGAGACGUUGACGGUAACGUACAAUAUAUACACCGUUCAAAAAGAGGUAUAACAAGAAGACUGGUUAAGAUGAAGAACAGGUGGGAAAAAGCUCGGGAAAAACAUGCUGCAUUGCGGAAGAAGAGGCAGAUUAAUAACAGCACGACAAUAUCAUGGGAAGAAGCAGAAACAAUAUGUACAGAGAAAUUGAGCAAUGAUUGUAAUACCUACUCGAAGAAAGAUGACGUCAGUGACAUUGCUGAAUCCAAUGACACGCUAGACAACUGUAUAAGAGAUACUAUGGAAAGUGGCACGUCGGACUGGGUAACCCCACACUGCGAUGCUUUAACGCAGAAAGUGACUGUGGAACUUGAUAAAGAUGUUGAAUUUACAGAAAACAAUACAGAGCUAGCAAAUAACAUCAAGGAGUCAGCUUGUCCAAGCAACUGUAGUGGACAUGGACAAUGUGUUAACCAGACAUGCAUAUGCAUCGAGGAUUUUGCAACAGAUCUUUGCCUUGUAAACAUAACAAUCGGGCCAUUGAUAGAGGAACUUGCGGACGAAGGCAUUUGUGACGUCAGUACCGGGAGUGCAUGCGACUAUAUUCUUAUUGUCGGCAAUGGAUUCAUCGAAACCGCUAAAUGCAAUUUAACAGUCUAUGUGGCAGGAACAGACGGAAUCUUUAACUUGACAGACGAGUACGAAGUCGAUUGCAGUUAUCUGAAUUACAAUGAACUCUACGCACCGAUUCUUGGGUCAAAUUCUUCCCAAAACGCUACUACACGACGGAGGAUCGCAGAUGAUGAAUAUCCGUCAGCAACGUGCUGUAGCUCUGUAUAUCUGUCAUUCGUAGGGAUAAGGGAUCUUAGGGAAUUUAUUGUUGAUUUUAAAGUUAUUUCUACAACAAGCACGUGCUUAGUUUUAGUUAGGACAGGGUUCUGCUACAUUGAAGCUACAUGUUACACUUCUGGUACCUAUCUUUCUGGCAGUUCUUGUGCUAAAUGUGACACAGCACAACACCUUUUCGUUUGGACAGACGGAUGUAAUAAAACGGAUGAUACAAACACGAAUAAUCUGAUCAUCAUUAUGAGCUGUAUAGGUGGCGCUAUCCUUGCUGUAGCUGUGGCACUAGCUCUCAUCAUUUAUUUCAAAAUUAAGGCCAAAAAGAUGAGAAUGGUAGCACCAUUGGUACAAUCCACUUUUGGACAAUCAAAAAAGACUUUCUUGGUUAAAGGAAGUAACGUGGCAGUUUUUGAACACCAUUUUGGACACACAAAAGGGAGUAAAAUGGCAGCAGAGUAUACAUCUGACGAUGAUGAUGAUGAUGAUGAUGAUGAUGAUAAAAUUUAG